CUGGGAUUUUCCUGCAGCUUCUCCAGUACCUUCUCCUCAGUCCGGUUUUCCCUGCGAGCCCGGUUGCCGUCCAUCCCAAGAAUGUCAUCAGGAGCAAUGAUGAGCAGCGGCUGCUCAUCCCCGUGUGAGGUGUCCUGUCCCCAGCCCUACGCGGACGCCUGGAGCCAGCCCUGUGUCACCUCCUGCGGGGACUCGCGGGCCGUGGUCUACCCUCCGCCCGUGGUCAUCACCUUCCCGGGGCCCAUCCUCAGCUCCUGCCCCCAGGAGAGCAUCGUGGGCACCUCCUUCCCGUCGGGGGCCAUGGGAUCUUCUGGAUCUGGGGGCGCCAUUGGGGGACCCUACGGAGGGGGUAGCGGGUCCAUGGGGGGAAUUGGGGGAUCCAUUGGAGGCGGUUCCAUGGGCGGUUCCUACGGAUGUGGUUCCUUUGGGGGCUCCUAUGGAGGGGGCAGAUCCUUUGGCUCCGGGGGCUCCUAUGGAGGAGGCAGAUCCUUUGGGAGCAGAAGAUCCUUCGGUUCCUCGGGUGGCGGCUUCGGGGGCUCCUGCGGUGGGGGCAGCUCCUUUGGGGGCGGCUCCUAUGGAGGGGGAUCCUACGGAGGAGGCAGCUCCAGCUCCAGGAGGUUUGGAGGAGGAAACUGCGGCUCCUUUUAUUUCUGAGGCAGCCCCGGCUCCCCCGGCAGCAGCCGCGGGCUGGGCUCAGCUCCUGGGGAAGCUGCCAGCUAAGGACAUCUCAGGGAUCACCUUCUCCAGCUUCUGUGGAACUGCAUCGCUUCCCAAAGCCCUGGGAAUCGUCCUUUGUGCUCCCUGCCUGUGACUCUGCCCCGACCCCUUCCCUGCCAUUAAAGUUCUGUUGCAUUCAAA